GUCUGUGGCGGGGCUUCUAAUUAGCAGAUGGGCUGCAAGCCUUGCAGUCACUAUAAAGACAAGUGAUCCGCUUCCAAUUGUUACCGACUGGGCUGUGUGAAACAUGGAUUCCUACUGCUUCAGACUUAGUGCUGUGCUGUUGCUGGCAGCAACCGGUUUGCUCCUUACAGCAGUUUCUGAUUCUGUGGACCGAGUGACCACCUGUGAUAAUAAUGUGUGGCAAGUCCAUCGCUUGUACUGCGAUCGUGGCGUAAUCAAUGUGACGGGCUCUUUGUAUGGUCGCUCAAACUCGCUGGUCUGUGCUGAGGGCAAAUCUCAUAAACGACUGGCCAACACAAAGUGCAGUCAGCAAGGCACCGUGGACAAAGUCAAGACGAGUUGCAAUGGCAAGAAAUCGUGUGAAUUGGGCCUGAGUGAUUUCCGUACUCCUGAUCCCUGUGUUGGCACCUUCAAAUAUUUGCAGACCAACUUUACCUGCCUGGAAGCAAUUACUGUGGUAACUUGUGAGGGAUCCGUGGCACACUUGUAUUGUGGUAUGGGACGAGUUAUUGACAUCUAUGGGGCGGACUAUGGACGCCGCGACAAGACCACAUGCUCAUACAGAAGGGGCCCUCAUGGGCUGAAAAACAUCACAUGUCUGCAGCCAACUCCCCUUGUUGCCCAAAUGUGCAAUGGGAGAUUCAGCUGUUCAGUCACAGCCAGCAAUGCAGUGUUCACAGACCCAUGUGUAGGCACCUACAAGUACUUGGAGAUUUCCUACGCCUGUAAACCUCCUAAGGUGAGCCACCAGGGUGUACUGCAAUUUGGUGUGCAUUCCAUUAACAUGGAUUCCUACCGCUCCAGACUUAGUGCUGUGCUGUUGCUGGCAACAACCUGUUUGCUCCACGCAGCAGUUGCUGAUUAUGUGGACCAAGUGACCACUUGUGAUAAUAAUGUGUGGCAAGUCCACCGUUUAUACUGCGAUCGUGGCGUAAUCAAUGUGACGGGCUCUUUGUAUGGUCGCUCAAACUCGCUGGUCUGCGCUGAGGGCAAAUCUCAUAAACGACUGGCCAACACAAAGUGCAGUCAGCAAGGCACCGUGGACAAAGUCAAGACGAGUUGCAAUGGCAAGAAAUCAUGUGAAUUGGGCCUGAGUGAUUUCCGUACUCCUGAUCCCUGUGUUGGCACCUUCAAAUAUUUGCAGACCAACUUUACCUGCCUGGAAGCAAUUACUGUGGUAACUUGUGAGGGAUCCGUGGCACACUUGUAUUGUGGUAUGGGACGAGUUAUUGACAUCUAUGGGGCAGACUAUGGACGCCGCGACAAGACCACAUGCUCAUACAGAAGGGGCCCUCAUGGGCUGAGAAACAUCACAUGUCUGCAGCCAACUCCCCUUGUUGCCCAAAUGUGCAAUGGGAGAUUCAGCUGUUCCGUCACAGCCAGCAAUGCAGUGUUCACAGACCCAUGUAAAGGCACCUACAAGUACUUGGAGAUUUCCUACGCCUGUAAACCUCCUAAGGUGACUCACCAGGGUGUACUGCAAUUUGGUGUGGAUUCCAUUUGAGUGUCUGCCAUUUCAACAUCCUGCAUGUUAAACUCUUUGUACUUGUAUUCAUGUGAAAAUAAAACAUUCUUUCAAAAUGA